AUGGAAGAGAUUGUGAUCAUACUUCAUUACCUCAUUUUCCAUGCUGUCCCUCAUGAAGUUGUGAUAGCUAUUAAGAAUGCCAGCCAAAGUUUCGGAGUGGUUGGAGAGGUUUUGGAGAUGAGAAGAACAAGCGAUGGACACAAAAAAGGCAGGAAUUUCCCUGAGAUUGGUCCUCGUUCGAAAGAGGAUCCUACAGGGUAUCCUGACUUGAAAACCAUCCUACCAGCGUAUCCUACACUAGAAGGAGAGUCCGUAAUCACAGGAGCUCCAAGGAAACGCCCUUUCCCGCCUCUUGAUCCUGUGAAAGUCAUCCUGGGAUCCUUUGGCAGGCUCGAGAAAUCAUUUUCACGAGGAGACAUUCCUACUGGGCCCCACGCCCUUCCCUGCAGCCCCACGCCCUUCCCUUCCCUGCAGCCCACGCCCUUCCCUGCAGCCCCACAGCCCCACGCCGUCCCUGCAGCCCCACCCACGCCCGUCCCUGCAGCCCCACGCCCGUCCCUGCAGCCCCACGCCCGUCCCUGCAGCCCCACGCCCGUCCCUGCCCCCCACGCCCGUCCCUGCAGCCCCACGCCCGUCCCUGCAAGCCCCACGCCCGUCCCUGCAGCCCCACGCCCGUCCCUGCAGCCCCACGCCCGUCCCUGCAGCCCCACGCCCUUCCCUGCAGCCCCACGCCCGUCCCUGCAGCCCCACGCGGGACCCUUCCACCUCAAAAACGCGAGGGCGUCCGCACGGCCCUUCCUCCCGACAGAUGAUUUAAAUUCCAAUCGAGUCUCCGGCGCCCACGGACUCCUCGCGUUCCCCGGCCGGGGCGAGCGGCGGGGCUGGGCCAGCGCGAGGUCCCUGGCCCUGGGCACCGCGGCUGGGCAUCGCUGGCCACUCCUGGGCACAUAA